GGCCCCGGCGCUUCCACUUUUGAAUGACGCCGCCGCCCUGAGGCACCCUCGCCACCAGCCGUGACUGCGCCGCCGGGGGCAAGAAGACCGAAGAAGAAGAACCUCGCAGCGAGGGGAAGCCGCCAGCCAGCAGCAGAAGCCCCGCUCUUUGCCUCCGCCGCCACCGAGAGGGUCUCUCUGCCGCCCCGCGACUCGUGCUCCGACUCCUUCUGGAUCGGCUCGUCGCCUCUUUGCCUUCGGCGCCGCUCGCUCGGCGGCCUCUGGAGUUGGGGAAGCAACUUCGCCCAGAAGAGCCGGCGCAGGCAGCGAAAGUUUCUCGGGGCGGCUUCUCGGCUCCGUCUUCGUCCACGACGCGGGGGGGCUGUAGGCUGUAGUCCCUCCCUUCGCGGGUCCGUGUCUCCCCCCGCCCUCGCUCGCCGCCGCCGCCGCCUCUUGGCGAGCCCCAGCGCCCGCCCGGCCACUUCACUGCAAGCCGCCUCGAGCCCCGGCGCGCCGCCGCCGCCAUGAACAGCAGCAACGGCUACUACGAGCAGAGUCCCGCCGCCGGCCAGCCCUACUACCACGGGGGCGAGGAGCAGGAGGAGAUGCCGGCCACCGAGAAGGACCUGGCCGAGGACGCGCCCUGGAAGAAGAUCCAGCAGAACACCUUCACGCGCUGGUGCAACGAGCACCUCAAGUGCAUGAACAAGCGCAUCGGCGACCUGCAGAAGGACCUCAGCGACGGCCUCAAGCUCAUCGGCCUGCUGGAGGUGCUCAGCCAGAAGAAGAUGUACCGCAAGUACCACGCGCGCCCCAACUUCAGGCAGAUGAAGCUCGAGAACGUCUCGGUGGCGCUCGAGUUCCUCGACCGCGAGCACAUCAAGCUCGUCUCCAUCGACAGCAAGGCCAUUGUGGACGGGAACCUGAAGCUGAUCCUGGGCUUGAUCUGGACCCUGAUCCUUCACUACUCCAUCUCCAUGCCCAUGUGGGAGGACGAGGACGAGGAGGAUGCCAAGAAGCAGACGCCCAAGCAGCGGCUUUUGGGCUGGAUUCAGAACAAGGUCCCGCAGCUGCCCAUCACCAACUUCAACCGUGACUGGCAGGACGGCAAAGCCCUGGGCGCCUUGGUGGACAACUGCGCCCCAGGCCUGUGCCCGGACUGGGAGACGUGGGACCCCAGCCAGCCUGUGGAGAAUGCCCGGGAAGCCAUGCAGCAGGCGGAUGACUGGCUGGGCGUGCCACAGGUGAUUGCCCCCGAAGAGAUUGUGGACCCCAAUGUGGACGAGCACUCGGUCAUGACGUAUUUGUCUCAGUUCCCCAAAGCCAAGCUGAAGCCCGGAGCCCCCCUGCGCUCUAAGCAGCUCAACCCCAAGAAGGCCAAGGCGUAUGGCCCAGGUAUCGAACCACAUGGGAACACAGUGCUGAAACCAGCCCAUUUCACUGUUGAGACUAUCGAGGCUGGAUUGGGAGAGGUGCUGGUUUAUAUUGAAGACCCUGAAGGACACACAGAGGAGGCCAAAGUGGUUGCCAACAAUGACAAGAAUCGGACUUAUUCUGUUUCCUAUGUGCCAAAGGUGGCUGGGUUGCAUAAGGUCACCGUCCUCUUUGCCGGGCAGAACAUUGACAAGAGCCCCUUUGAAGUCAACGUGGGCAUGGCCCUGGGGGAUGCCAACAAGGUGACUGCCCGGGGCCCCGGCCUGGAGCCCGUGGGCAACGUGGCCAACAAGCCCACAUACUUCGACAUCUACACGGCAGGCGCCGGGACAGGCGAUGUGGGUGUGGUGAUUGUGGAUCCCCAGGGCCGUCGCGACACUGUGGAGGUGGUUCUAGAGGACAAAGGCGACAGCAUCUUCCGGUGCACUUACCGGCCUGUCCUGGAAGGUCCACACACCAUCUACGUCACCUUCGCUGGAGCUCAGAUCCCCAAAAGCCCCUUCACGGUCAACGUUGCAGAAGCUCUGCCUCCCCCGCCUCCGCCCGGCGUCUCCCCCAUUCAGAUCAUCCCUCAGUCCGUCCGCACCCCGCCUGCCGACAAGGCCAAGAAAACCCCGCCCCCCACUCUGCCCAAGCCGCGCAAACCAACCUGCAACCCCAACGCUUGCCGGGCCAUGGGCCGCGGCCUCCAGCCGAAGGGCGUGCGCGUGAAGGAGGUGGCCGACUUCAAGGUGCACACGAAGGGGGCCGGAACCGGGGAGCUCAAGGUGGUGGUCAAGGGGCCAAAAGGCACCGAGGAGCCAGUGAAGGUUCGGGAAGUUGGCGACGGAGUGUAUGAAUGUGACUACUACCCAGUGGUGCCUGGGAAGUACGUGGUGUCCAUCACAUGGGGUGGCUAUGCCAUUCCAAGGAGCCCCUUUGAAGUGCAGGUGGGGCCAGACGCUGGGGUGCAGAAGGUCAGGGCCUGGGGGCCUGGCUUGGAGACCGGCGUGGUGGGCAAAUCAGCAGACUUUGUCGUGGAGGCCAUUGGCACGGAAGUGGGUACCCUGGGUUUCUCCAUUGAGGGCCCCUCACAAGCCAAGAUUGAGUGUGACGACAAGGGAGAUGGUUCUUGUGAUGUCCGCUAUUGGCCCACAGAGCCUGGCGAGUAUGCCGUGCAUGUGAUUUGUGAUGACGAGGACAUCAAGGACAGUCCGUUCAUCGCCCACAUCCUGCCCGCCACCAAUGAGUACUUCCCGGAGAAGGUGAAAGCUUUCGGCCCUGGCUUGGAGCCCGUCGGCUGCAUCGUGAACAAGCCAGCAGAGUUCACCAUUGAUGCCAGAGGAGCCGGGAAAGCGGAACUCAAGAUCUACGCCCAGGAUGCAGAGGGUGUCCCCAUUGAUAUCAAGGUCAAGGAGAACGGGGACGGCACCUUUUCCUGCGUCUACAUUCCCACCAAGGCCAUCAAGCACACCAUCAUCAUCAGCUGGGGAGGUGUCAAUAUUCCCAAGAGCCCCUUCCGGGUGAGUAUCGGCGAAGGCAGCCACCCGAACAAAGUCAAGGUCUACGGUCCCGGAGUUGAGAAGACAGGCUUGAAGGCCAACGAGCCGACCUACUUCACAGUGGAUUGCGGCGAGGCUGGGCAAGGGGACGUGAGCAUCGGCAUCAAGUGCGCUCCAGGCGUGGUGGGGCCGGUGGAGGCCGACAUUGACUUUGACAUCAUCAAGAAUGACAACGACACCUUCACCGUGAAGUACACCCCUCCUGGCCCCGGGCGUUACACCAUCAUGGUGCUCUUUGCCAACCAGGAGAUCCCCAUCAGCCCUUUCCACAUCAAGGUGGACCCAUCCCACGACGCCAGCAAGGUGAAGGCCGAGGGGCCUGGACUCAGCCGGACCGGCGUGGAGGUUGGCAAGCCCACCCAUUUCACGGUGUUCACCAAGGGGGCCGGCAAAGCCAAGCUGGACGUGCAUUUUGCCGGGGCCACCAAGGGCGAGGUGGUGCGCGACUUUGAGAUCAUUGACAACCACGACUACUCGUACACCGUCAAGUACACGGCCGUGCAGCAGGGUAACAUGGCUGUGACAGUGACGUAUGGUGGGGACCCCAUUCCCAAGAGCCCCUUCCCCGUCAACGUGGCUCCGCCCCUUGACCUCAGCAAGGUCAAAGUGCAGGGACUCAACAGCAAGGUGGACGUGGGUCGCGACCAGGAAUUCUCCAUCAACACGCGGGGGGCCGGCGGGCAGGGCCAGCUGGAUGUCAAGAUCAGCUCGCCUUCCCGCCGCCCCAUCCCCUGCAAGAUGGAGACGGGCACCACCAACGACAUCCACUCGGUGAAGUACAUGCCGCCCGAGGAGGGGCCCUACAAGGUGGACAUCACUUACGACGGGCACCCCGUCCCGGGCAGCCCCUUCACGGUCGAGGCGGUCAUGCCCCCAGACCCAUCCAAGGUGUGUGCCUAUGGGCCAGGACUGAAGGGCGGUUUCGUGGGGAAGCCGGCACCGUUCACAAUCGACACCAAGGGAGCUGGCACUGGGGGGCUGGGCCUGACCGUGGAGGGCCCCUGUGAGGCCAAGAUUGAGUGCCAGGACAAUGGGGACGGCUCCUGCUCCGUCUCUUACCUGCCCACGGAGCCCGGUGAAUACGCCAUCAACAUCCUCUUUGCCGAAGCUCACAUCCCCGGCUCGCCCUUCAAGGCCGACAUCAAGCCCGUCUUUGACCCGUCCAAGGUGACGGCCAGCGGGCCUGGGCUGGAGCACGGCAAGGUGGGCGAGGUGGCCACCUUCAUGGUGGACUGCUCCAAGGCGGGCGACGCUGAGCUCACCAUCGAGAUCAUCUCCGAUUCGGGCGUCAAGGCUGAGGUCCUGAUCCAGAACAACAGCGACGGCACUUACAGCAUCACCUACAUCCCGUCCUUCCCCGGCACCUACACCAUCACCAUUAAAUAUGGCGGACACCCUGUGCCCAAGUUCCCUGCACAUGUCAACGUUGACCCUGCUGUGGACACCAGCAACGUCAAGGUCUUUGGCCCUGGAGUGGAACCACGAGGUGUUCUGCGCGAAGUCACCACCGAAUUCACAGUGGACGCCCGCUCGCUCACCAAGGUGGGUGGCAGCCAUGUCAAGGUGCGCGUCAUUAACCCCUCGGGGGCCAAGACAGACACGUAUAUCACGGACAAAGGGGAUGGCACCUACUGCGUCCAAUACACAGCCUACGAGGAUGGUGUGCACCUUGUGGAAGUGACCUAUGAUGACAUGCCGGUGCCCAAGAGCCCUUUCCGAGUGGGCGUCACCGAAGGCUGCGACCCCAGCCGUGUCCGCGCCUACGGCCCUGGCCUCGAGGGGGGGCUGGUGAACAAAUCGAACCGUUUCACUGUGGAAACCAGGGGUGCCGGCACUGGAGGUCUUGGUCUGGCCAUCGAGGGCCCCUCAGAAGCCAAAAUGUCUUGCAAGGAUAACAAAGAUGGGAGCUGCAGUGUGGAAUACAUUCCCUUCACGCCUGGCGACUAUGAUGUCAACAUCACCUUUGGGGGGCGCCCCAUCCCUGGGAGCCCCUUCCGAGUUCCCGUCAAGGAUGUGGUCGAUCCCAGCAAGGUCAAGUGCUCAGGCCCCGGGCUGGGGGCUGGCGUGAGAGCCCGCGUCCCCCAGACCUUCACUGUCGACUGCAGCAAGGCUGGGCUGGCCCCCCUGGAGGUGAAGGUCUUGGGACCUGCAGGGGUGGCCGAGCCAGUGGAAGUGCGUGACAAUGGGGACGGCACCCACACGGUGAACUACACACCAGCCACUGAUGGGCCCUACACCGUCUCGGUCAAGUACGCCGGACAGGAAGUGCCCCGCAGUCCCUUUAAGAUCAAGGUCCUUCCGGCUCAUGACGCCAGCAAAGUGCGGGCCAGCGGGCCAGGCCUCAACGCCUCCGGCAUUCCCGCCAGCCUGCCUGUGGAGUUCACCAUCGAUGCCCGCGAUGCCGGCGAGGGGCUGCUCACGGUGCAGAUCCUGGACCCCGAGGGCAAGCCCAAGAAGGCCAACAUCCGGGACAACGGAGACGGGACCUACACGGUCUCCUACGUGCCGGAUAUGACGGGGCGCUACACCAUCACCAUCAAGUACGGGGGCGACGAGAUCCCCUACUCGCCUUUCCGCAUCCACGCACUUCCUGCAGGCGAUGCCAGCAAGUGCCUUGUCACGGUGUCCAUAGGAGGUCACGGACUGGGGACUUGCCUCGGCCCCACCAUCCAGAUUGGGGAGGAGACGGUGAUCACGGUGGACGCCAAGGCGGCGGGGAAAGGCAAGGUGACCUGCAAGGUUUCCACGCCGGACGGGGCCGAGCUCGACGUGGACGUGGUGGAGAACCACGACGGCACCUUUGACAUCUAUUACACGGCCCCGGAGCCCGGCAAGUACGUCAUCACCAUCCGGUUUGGCGGCGAACAGAUCCCCAACAGCCCCUUCCAUGUGGUGGCCUGUGACACCAUCCCCCAAGUGGAGGAAGCCUGCGCCACCCUGCAGCUCCAGCAGCCCUUCCCCGCCCACCGGGCUGGUGGCUACCCCCCGCACUGGGCCACGGAUGAGCCCAUCGCCCCCCCGGAGAGUGUGGACAUGUUGCGCCCCUUCAACCUGGUCAUCCCCUUCACUGUGCAGAAGGGGGAGAUCACAGGUGAGGUGCGGAUGCCCUCUGGCAAGACGGCUCGGCCUCAUAUCACCGAUAACAAGGACGGCACGGUGACGGUGAAGUACGCCCCUGUGGAGAAGGGUCUGCACGAAAUGGACAUCAAAUACGACGGCAACCACAUCCCAGGGAGCCCACUUCAGUUCUACGUGGACGCCAUCAAUGCCCGCCACGUCAGUGCCUAUGGGCCGGGCUUGAGCCACGGCAUGGUCAACAAGCCAGCAACCUUCACCAUUGUCACCAAGGAUGCUGGCGAAGGAGGCCUGUCUCUGGCUGUAGAGGGUCCCUCCAAGGCCGAGAUCACCUGCAAAGACAACAAAGAUGGCACCUGCACCGUCUCCUACCUGCCUACGGCACCCGGGGAUUACAACAUCAUUGUGCGCUUUGAUGACAAGCACAUCCCUGGCAGCCCUUUCACUUCCAAGAUCACAGGCGACGAUUCCAUGCGCACAUCCCAGCUGAACGUGGGCACCUCCACCGACGUGUCGCUGAAGAUCACGGAGAGCGACCUGAGCCUGCUGACCGCCAGCAUCCGGGCUCCCUCUGGCAACGAGGAGCCUUGUCUGCUCAAGCGCCUGCCCAACCGGCAUAUCGGGAUCUCAUUCACCCCCAAGGAGGUGGGUGAGCAUGUGGUGAGUGUGAAGAAGAGCGGCAAGCACGUCACCAACAGCCCCUUCAAGAUCAUGGUCGGGCAGUCGGAGAUUGGCGACGCCAGCAAGGUGAAAGUGUCGGGCAAAGGGCUCGUAGAAGGGCGCACCUUUGAGGUGGCGGAAUUCAUCGUCGACACACGCACUGCAGGCUACGGUGGUCUGGGCCUGUCUAUUGAAGGCCCCAGCAAAGUGGACAUUAACUGUGAGGACAUGGAAGACGGCACCUGCAAAGUGACUUACUGUCCUACGGAGCCCGGAAACUACAUCAUCAAUAUCAAGUUUGCUGACAAGCAUGUGCCAGGAAGCCCUUUUACCGUGAAGGUGACCGGGGAGGGGCGCAUGAAGGAGAGCAUCACCCGCCGCCGCCAGGCGCCUUCUAUCGCUACCAUCGGCAGCACCUGUGACCUGAACCUCAAGAUCCCAGGGAACUGGUUCCAGAUGGUCUCUGCCCAGGAGCGGCUGACGCGCACCUUUACGCGCAGCAGCCACACCUACACGCGCACCGAGCGGACCGAGAUCAGCAAGACGCGCGGCGGCGAGACCAAGCGCGAGGUGCGGGUGGAGGAGUCCACUCAAGUGGGCGGGGACCCCUUCCACAACGUCUUCGGCGACUUCCUAGGCCGCGAGAGCCUCGGCUCCUUCGGCAGCAUCGCCCGGACCCAGGAGGGCGAAGCGGGCUUGCAGGCCAUGACCGCCCAGGUGACCAGCCCGUCGGGGAAGAUGGCGGAGGCGGAGAUCAUCGAGGGAGAGGACAGCGCCUACUCCGUGCGCUUUGUGCCGCAGGAGAUGGGUCCCCACACUGUGAACGUCAAGUACCGUGGCCAACAUGUGCCUGGCAGCCCCUUCCAGUUCACCGUGGGGCCCCUGGGAGAAGGGGGGGCCCACAAGGUGCGAGCCGGAGGCACCGGCCUGGAGAGGGGUGUGGCUGGAGUGCCAGCUGAGUUCAGCAUCUGGACACGGGAGGCUGGUGCCGGAGGCCUCUCCAUUGCAGUGGAGGGCCCCAGCAAGGCCGAGAUUGCCUUUGAGGACCGGAAAGAUGGCUCCUGUGGAGUUUCCUACAUCGUCCAGGAACCAGGUGACUACGAGGUCUCCAUCAAGUUCAACGACGAGCACAUCCCCGACAGCCCGUUCGUGGUUCCCGUGGCCUCCCUCUCUGACGACGCCCACCGCCUGACGGUCACCAGCCUCCAGGAGACGGGCUUGAAGGUGAACCAGCCAGCUUCCUUUGCGGUGCAGCUCAAUGGAGCCCGGGGGGUGAUCGAUGCCAAAGUGCACACAUCCUCCGGGCUGGUCGAGGAGUGCUACGUCUCUGAGCUGGACAGCGACAAGUACGCCAUCCGCUUCAUUCCGCACGAGAACGGCAUCCACUCCAUCGACGUCCGGUUCAACGGCCGGCACAUCCCUGGCAGCCCCUUCAAGAUCCGCGUGGGCGAGCAGAGCCAGGCUGGCGACCCGGGCCUGGUCACCGCCUACGGGCCGGGGCUGGAGGGCGGAACCACAGGCGUCUCCUCUGAGUUCUUUGUGAAGACGCGGAAUGCGGGCUUUGGGGCCCUCUCCGUCACCAUUGACGGGCCCUCCAAGGUGCAGAUGGACUGCCAGGAGUGUCCCGAGGGCCACAAGGUCACCUACAUGCCCAUGGCGCCCGGAAGCUACCUCAUCUCCAUCAAGUACGGAGGCCCCCAGCACAUCGUUGGCAGCCCCUUCAAGGCCAAGAUCACAGGGCCCCGCCUAUCAGGUGGCCACAGCCUCCAUGAGACAUCGACCGUGCUGGUGGAGACCGUCACCAAGGCCUCGUCGUCUUCAGUGGCCGGAAGCUAUAGCGCCCUGCCCAAGUUCUCAUCAGACGCCAGCAAAGUGGUGGCCAGAGGGCCUGGACUGACCAAGGCCUUUGUCGGCCAGAAGAACACCUUCACGGUGGACUGCAGCAAGGCUGGCAGCAACAUGCUGAUGGUGGGUGUCCAUGGUCCCAAGACACCCUGCGAAGAGGUGUACGUCAAGCACAUGGGCAACCGCGUCUACAACGUCACCUACACGGUCAAAGAGAAAGGGGAUUACAUCCUCAUCGUCAAGUGGGGGGAUGAGAGCGUGCCCGGCAGCCCCUACCAAGUCAACGUGCCCUAGGGCGGGGCCUGGCGUCCAUCCCUCGUGGCCCCGCCUUGACACUCCACGCCAAGGACUGGCGCUGCUGCCACAUUGCCCCAGGGCGGGGCAAGCGCAACGAGGAACCUUGGGACAGUUUUUUUUUUGCCUGUUUGGACUUUUGACUUUUAAUUAUUUUUCCCAGCUGAGGGAUGGGGGGAAAGGGGACGUCCUAGCUGGAAAGGGCUGGGGUCACAGUGAGGCCCAGGGGGAAGGAAGGGGAAACUGAGGAAAGGCGGCCACGUGAAGGGAAGUAGUUUAGUCCACACGGCAGUGGGUUCUAGGUUGCCCACUAGUGGAGGCCAGGAUUUGGUGGGGAUGGCGGAGAAUGUUUGUGAUGCCCCUGGCUGCGCCCUGUGCUUGCCAUGAUGGCAUCCCAACAGAAGUGAAAUUGGUGUCUUGGGGAGGGCAGGGACACAGCCCAUAUAGGCAUCUAUUUAUAAAGUUCCCUUUCACUGUGGGGUGUGCACAAGCCCUCAGCCUCCUGACACCACAGUGCAUCAUAUGGGCAUUUUGGUGGGGGGAUUCCAGGAUGACGAGUGGGGGGGGGCUGCUUUUGAGCAAGAAAUGACUCUGUGAGGAGGAAGAAAGCAGGGAGCAGAGUCCAGGAGACAGAGAGGCUUCUCCAGGGACCAGGGAGAUGGAUGACCAGAGGGGGUCUUGUAUGCCCCCCUGAGUUGUAGGAACCACCCCCCCGCCCAAGUGGGUGGCAAGGAUAAAGGAAAAGAUGCAGGUGUAAGUAAGUGGUUUGGAGAGAUCAAGGAUAGGUGACCUCAGGGAAAGGUGGGGAGUUCACCUGUGCAACUCCCAUUGAAGUGAAUGGGGCUUGCACAGCUCCUGUUCAUUUCAGUGGAGCUUGAGCAGGAGAACCUCCUGCUGGAACAUGCCCAAAGGACUGGGUUUUUAAAACACGGUAAAGGGCAACGCAGCCUUCGAGCAUUUCCCGUGGCCUCUGCCCACUCCUUCCAGCCCAUCCACAAAAUGGGUUGCCCCCCCUGUGAAUUGGGGCCACCUAAACCAAAGGGACAAGGGCGAUUCUUUUUUUUUUUUUUUUAAGAAAAGGAAGAAAAAAUGUAUUAAAAAAUCUGGAGGGAUGAGAGAAUAAGAAUUCUGGCCCUUGCUGGGAGGGUCUAACGGAAACCCUGCUUCGAGGGGAGGGGGAGGGACGGGACAUUUUCUAGCGAUGUGUUUGUGUGUGUCCUCUGGGGCUGGGGUGGCAUCUCCACUAACAGAUGGGACAAGAGGGGGGUGGGUGAGUAAGCAAGCAGUGCCAUGACAGCCAGCCGGCCCCCAGCAAUAAAAGUUACUUGCUAUUAAGAUUGA